AUGAAAAUGCAUUCAGUGUUUGGCGUUUUAUUACUCAUCAUUAUUCCUGUGUUAACUGACAAGAUAAAUAUUAUGAAGAAUUCCAAAAUGGAAUCCUGGAUUUCCACAGAAAAUUUUACGACAAUAAUAAAAAAAUCAUUUUUUUAUGCCAAAUGUUGCAAUAUUUUUUUAAGUGAUAAAGAAAAGGAUGGAAUAGAAAUGAAAAUAUUUUUGGUCAUGGCGGAGAAAUUAAAUUUCACUUGGACAAUACGAAAAUUGAAAGGAAAGUACAGAUACGGUCGACGCAUAAAUAGUUCAUAUUGGGAUGGCGGCGUUAUUCAACUAGUACUAGAGAAAAAGGUUGAUUUAGCAUUUGGUAAUGUUCGAUUAACACCAAAUCACUACGAAUUCGUGAAUAUGUCCACACCAUGGAUUCAAAUGUUAACAAAAUUUUUGGUACCGCGACCGCAACCGAUCACCAAUUUUUGGGCGGUCAUGAGACCUUUCUCGAUGGACUGUUGGAUACUUGUAUUAAUCAUGAUAAUUGCUAAGAGCAUGUAUAUGUAUAUACGAGCUAGAGUCGAUCCAAAAUUUCCAAAACGUUUUCGAAGCUUUUUUUGCACAAUUACAGAAUUGAUCGGUCGUUUAGUGGGUACGUGGGUGCCCCGAAAUAUUGCCAAUGCUAGAUUCGAAUUACAUUUAUGGCAAACUGCGGGAUUCCUACUGGUAACUGCAUACUGCAGCAGUCUUGCAGCGAGACUUACAAAUUCGGAAUAUGAAGACAGAAUCGAUACGAUACGUCAAUUUCUUGAAGCUAAUUUAUUAUGGGGUCAUGAAGGUCCAGUACCAUAUUGGCCUGACUACGUUGACGUGGAUGAUAUUUACGCGAGUCAAUUGUCAUCGAGAUAUACUCCCGUAAAAGGUCAAGAGGCUUACAUACAUACACUAAUCGAACAGCGUAAAUUUGCAAUUUAUGGGUUCGUCAUAGAUUCGAUUUUCUUUCCUGAAGAUGAUAUUUUUAAGGAGCAUAUUAAAGUGAUGCUUUGGUUAAGGGAGAGUGGUAUCGCCCUCUUUCAUUUAAAUAACGUUAUGCACCGAAGAAUUAGUUUUAAUCUUCGUGAAGUUGUCAAAGAGCACGAUGGUUUUGAUGGAAUUUAUAAACGCCUUGGGCUGACACCAUUAGGAGUUGGAUUUUUAACGCUCAUUGUUGGCCUCCUGGCAUCUACAAUAAGAUUUUUCUAUGAGUUAAAACAAGCAUCCAAUUCGCGAUCGAUUCGUGAGGUGUUUAGAGAUAUUCAAAAGAAACGGAAAAUGUACAAGUCAUCGAUUUAUAAAAAAAAUUAUCAUAAAGAAGCUGAGUCAAUAGAUCACAAUUCAAGUAAUAAAAAUUUCGACUCAUUUGUAAUUAAGUCUGUUAAUCAUACAACAAAUACUGAAUCUACACAAAAAUAUAAUGAUAAGAUUUUUCAUAAUAAUUUAGGUAACAUAUAA